ACCGCCAAUUCAAUAUGAUCAUGGCUGAUCAUCCAACUCAGUAUCCCGUACCUGCCUUCUCUCCAUACCCCCUGAUCCCCUUAGCCACAAGGGCCACAUCUAACUCCCUCUUAAAUAUAGCCAAUGAACUGGCCUCAACUACCCUCUGUGGCAGAAAGUUCCAGAGAUUUCCCACUCUCUGUGUGAAAAAAGUUCUUCUCAUCUCGGUUUUAAAGGAUUUCCCCCUUAUCCUUAAGCUGUGACCCCUUGUCCUGGACUUCCCCAACAUCGGGAACAAUCUUCCUGCAUCUAGCCUGUCCAACCCCUUAAGAAUUUUGUAAGUUUCUAUAAGAUCCCCUCUCAAUCUUCUAAAUUCUAGAGAGUAUAAACCAAGUCUAUCCAGUCUUUCUUCAUAAGACAGUCCUGACAUCCCAGGAAUCAGUCUGGUGAACCGUCUCUGCACUCCCUCUAUGGCUUUGCCAUAGAGGGAGUGCAGAGAAGGUUCACCAGACUGAUUCCUGGGAUGUCAGUACUGUCUUAUGAAGAAAGACUGGAUAGACUUGGAUAGCCAUAUUUUCUCCGAGAGCUUUGGUUUAUCCCACGCUCCAAAGGCGUGCGUACACGUUUGUAGGUUAAUCGGCUCGGUAUAAACGUAAAUUGCCCUCAGUACGUGUAGGACAGUGUUCGUGUGCGGGGAUCACUGGUCUCUAAACUAAGCUAGAGUCACAGAGGGAUACAGUGUGGAAACACGCCCUUCGGCUCAACUUGCACACACCGGCCAACUUUUCUCAGCCACACCAGUCCCACCUGCCCGCGUUUGGUCCACAUCCCUCCAAACUUGUGCAGGAAAGAACUGCAGCCGCCGGUUUUAAACCGAAGAAAGACACAAAAUGCUGGAGUAACUCAGCGGGACGGGCAGCAUCUCUGGAGGGAAGGAACGGGUGACGUUUUGGGUCGAGACCCUUCUUCAGACUCCCUCCAAACUUGUCCUAUCUAUGUAUCAGUCUAACUUUCUUAAAUGGUAGGUACACAAAAAUGCUGGAGAAACUCAGCGGGCGCAGCAGCAUCUAUGGAGCGAAGGAAAUAGGCGACGUUUCGGGCCGAAAACCCUUCUUCAGACUGAUGGGGGGGUGGGGGGGAGAAGGAAGGAAAAAGGGAGGAGGAAGAGCCCGAGGGCGGGGGGGAUGGGAGGAGACAGCUCGAGGGUUAACAGCUUUCUUAAAUGUUGGGAUGGUGCCUCAACUACCUCCUCUGGAAGCUUGUUCCAUACACCCACCACCCUUUAACCUAAACUGUAUACGAGAAGAGAGGGUAAAAUCACAAGAUGGCUGGACAGACUUGUGGCUGUUUAUCACGGACGUUCAGCGACUGAUUAAAUUCUCUCCUUGUUUAGUUUCGUAAAUCGCAUUGACAGAUCAGCGUUCAUAUGUUCAAACUUGGUAUGUUGUUUCCGUCCGCACAUGAUCCCUUGAUAUACUUUUGGUAAUUUGGUUGUCACGCUGCUGAAUAAAGCUUCUUAGAAUCAGGUCAGCGUUGUAUCCUGGUGUCAGUCACAUCUUGUUCUGUAAACAUACUUGUGACAUUGUUCUCCUAUAGUUGAGUGUCUAAAAUGCACGGCAAAACCGUCCAGCAGAAUCGUGAGACAUUUCAAAAUGGAUGAAUCCUCGAUCACUUUUGGAGUUCAAAAAUCCCCAUAGAUAUAACUUAAAUAACCUGUUAUCCGGACUAUUUGAGUUUGUAGGUUAAUUUGGCCCUUAAUCUUUUAAGACAAUAGACAAUAGGUGCAGGAGUAGGCCAUUCGGCCCUUCAGGCCAGCACACCCGUCAUUCAACGUGAUCAUGGCUGAUCAUCCGCAAUCAGUACCCCGUUCCUGCCUUCUCCCCAUAUCCUCUGAAGACGGUGUUACAGUGUUAUUUCGAGAAGCUAAUCACAGUUGUUCUGUAUACACUGUUAGGCCGGUUCAGUGCACAGCGGUGGAGUCAAGUCAAGUCAAGUGAGUUUAAUGUCAUGUAUCCCAGAUAGGACAAUGACAUUCUUGCUUUGCUUCAGCACAACACAAUAUAGUAGGCAUGAAUACAGAACAGAUCAGUGUGUCCAUAUACCAUUGUAUAAAUAUAUACACACAUCAAUAAAUAAGCAGAUAAAGUGCAAAUAAACAGAUAAUGGUCUAUUAAUGUUCAGAGAUUUGUUUCAGUUGAGUUCAAUAGCCUGAUGGCUGUGGGGAAGUAGCUAUUUCUGAACCUGGAUGUUGCAGUCUUCAGGCUCCUGUACCUUCUACCUGAAGGUAGCAGGGAGAUGAGCGUGUGGCCAGGAUGGUGUGGGUCCUUGAUGAUGCUGGCAGCCUUUUUGAGGCAGUGACUGCGAUCGAUCCCCUCGAUGGUAGGGAGGUCAGAGCCGAUGAUGGACUAGGCAGUGUUUACUACUUUUUGUAGUAAGUCUGCUGCCUUACAGCGCCAAGGACCAUGGUUCGAUCCUGACUACUGGUGCUUGAGCUGUGUGGAGUUGGUAUGUUCUCCCCAUGACUGCGUGGGAUUUCUCCCGGUGCUCCGGUUUCCUCCCACGCUCCAAAGACGCACAGAUCUUAUAGGUUAAUUGGCUUUGGUAAAUUUGUAAAUUGUUCCCUGGUGUGUGUAGAUAGUGCUAGUGAGCGGGGUGAUCGCUGGUCGGCGCGGACUCGGAGGGUCGAAGGGACUGUUUCCGCGUUCUAAAUCUCAACAACAAUGAUGUGUGGAGGGGUCUUGGGGCCAUGGCUCCCUGAAAGUGUGAACACAAGUGCACAGAGUGGUAAAGAAAGCAUUUGCUAUGCAUGCCUUCAUAGAUGGGGGCUUUGUGUUAAAGAGUUAGGAAGUCAUGAUGCAAUUCUUGACCACACUUCUUCCACCCUUGUUCCUGUAAAGACUCUAUCCCCUACUCCCAAUUCCUCUGUCUACACCGCAUCUGCACCCACGGUGAGGUGUUCCAGACAUUGGAGAUGUCAUCAUUCUUUAGGGAACGGGGGUUCCCCUCUUCCAUUAUAGAUGAGGCUCUCACCAGGAUCUCCUCGACACCCCGCAGCUCUGCUCUUACCCAUCCUCCCGCUAUUCGUAACAAGUACAGACUUUAGAGAUAUAGCGCGGAAACAGGCCCCUCCAGCUCAUUCUAGUCCGCGCCGACCAGCAAACCCUGUACACUAGCACUAUCUUACAGACUACGGACAAUUUACAAUUUAUACCAAAGCCAAUUGACCUACAAACCUGUACGUCUUUGGAGCGUGGGACGAAACCAGAGCACCCGGGGAAAACCCGCUCAGUCACAGAGAUGUCUGCACCUCACGCUGCCUCGGCAAGGCCACCAGCAUAAUCAAGGAGUUGAUCCACCUCAGUCACUCCUCCCCACACUCCCAUCAGGCAAGAGGUACAGAAGUGUGAAAACGCACACACCUCCAGAUUCAUUUGACAGCUUCUUCCCAGCUGUUAUCAAGCAACUGAACCAUCCUAUCACCAACUAGAGGGCAGUCCUGACCAGAACAUCAACCUCAUUGGAGACCCUUGGACUAUCUUCAAUUGGACCAUACCGGAAUUUAAACCUGCCCCAGAACGUUCUUCCCUUCAUCCUGUAUCUGUACACUGUGGACGGCCUGAUUGUAAUCAUGUAUUGUCUUUAUCCAUGACUGGAUAGCAUGCAACAAAAAAGCUUUUGACUGUAAAUGUUAAUAUUAAACUAAACUAAACUAAACCACAAUGUAUUUCACCAAUCAGAGUCUACCAGGUCUCACUCUCAGAUAUUAAAAUUCAUUUGCCAUUUUGCAAAGUGAUUAAUGUAUUUUGUUACAGAUGCCUUCGAUAUUACCUGCACCACACCCUUCCUUAGUUGAGCUAAUUUCACAAUCAUACUUCUAAUUCCUGGGACCAGGUUAUUUAACCGAACAAGCAAGAGCUAGAUAGGGCUCUUAAAGAUAGCAGAGUCAGGGGAUAUGGGGAGAAGGCAGGAACGGGGUACUGAUUGGGGAUGAUCAGCCGUGGUCACAUUGAAUGGCGAUGGUUCCUGCUAGGAGUAGGAGUAGGAGAUGCUGACCCCCCGUUCCUGCCUUCCCAUGUCCCUUGAUUCCGUUAGCCCUAAGAGCUGAAUCUAACUCUCUUGAAAACAUCCCGUGAAUUGGCCUCCACUGCCUUCUGUGGCAGAGAAUUCCACUGCAUAACUGCACAUACACCUGCUCUUCUUCUUGCGAAUGAAACAUAAGCCAAAGGAAUAGUUAGAUCUCAAGCCGGGUGUUGAGCAGCCAGGUUGUUGUCUCUGUUGGCGUCAAUAUCUGCCAGGGCCCUGACACAGCUCCAUUUGGUGGGUGGUAGAGCGGGCACCCAGAGAUGACAUUGUUGGCUGCCUGUUGCUCUGCUCCGCAUUCACAGGCUUGGCGGAAGGAGCCCCCAUCUCCACACGCUGGCAUUGAAACGCCCAACACCAAAUCUGUUGAGCUUCACCCAUGCUCCUCUGGGGAGCUCAGACCCAGGACAGCUUUUAUCCGCUAAUACACCUUCUUUCAUUCUGGCCAUUCUGGCUCCUGGACAUGUUGCUUUGAUCUGGUAUUUUGUUGGUUCACAUGCUUGAUCAAUGGUGUUUUAUCAUUGUCACCUAUUUCCUUCGCUCCAUAGAUGCUGCUGCACCCGCUGAGUUUCUCCAGCAUUUUUGUCUACCUUUGGUGUUUUAUCAUGAAUGUUUUAUUAUUGUGAAUGUUUAAUGUUUUCUGAGUCAUGUCACCUCUGGGCGGAGCACCAAGGCAAAUUCCUUGUAUGUGAAUACUUGGCCAAUAAACAUACUUACUUAUUGGCAUCCCUAUGACUUUCCUAAAAUACAAUUGGAGUUGGGGCAAGAUUAGAAAUGCCAGGCAUUUGUGGCUCCCAGACAUGUUACUGAUCAACUAGUUUUUCCUGUACAACAGGUUCUGGGCUAUAAUUUAUCUCUGUGGCUUUCUAAGCUGCUGUAACAGCAUUCAGUCUUGCUCGGUGUGGACUACGUGUGAUUUUCAGACUGCACGAUUUUCUACAUUUGAUCUGCAAAGAUGGGGGUGCGUCUCAGCUUGUCCUGAAGACAGCUCCAUCCUUGACUGCGAGGAAUCGUAGCGAAUUGCGGACGUAGACCAGACCAUCACGCAAACCACCCUCUCUUCCGUUGACUCCAUUUGUACCGUCUGCACGGUGGCGCAGAGGUAGAGUCGCUGCCUCACAGCGCCGGAGACCCGGGUUCGAUCCCGACUGCAGGCCCCGUCUGUGCGGAGUUUGUGCGUUCUCCGCGUGGGGUUCCUCCGAGAUCUUCGGUUUCCUCCCACGCUCCGAAGACGUGCAGAUCUGGCCCAACGCUCCUGUACCAGGGAUGAGAUACCUGGUCGACACGAUGAAACGCAGAUAGAUAGGCAAAGGCUCCACCGCCUCCGUCGACCAGCCCUCUGUUUAGUCGGGGGGAGAGAGCCCGAGCGGCAAAGAUGGUGAGCCGGUUGCUCAGCCGCCACUCGCUGGCGCGCUUUUGCCAGAAGCUGACCAGGGUGAAGACCUUGGAGGAGAACUUGAUGGAGACGGCCCUGAACCGCUGCCUGUCCACCUUCGACCUGACCAUGCUGGGCAUCGGUGGCAUGGUGGGCUCCGGCCUGUACGUCCUCACCGGCACGGUGGCCAAGAACGUGUCCGGCCCCGCCGUCAUCGUCUCCUUCCUCUUCGCCGGCUUCGCCUCGCUGCUGGCCGCCUUCUGCUAUGCCGAGUUCGGCUCGCGCGUGCCGAAGACCGGCUCGGCCUACAUGUUCACCUACGUCUCCGUGGGCGAGUUUUGGGCCUUCCUCAUCGGCUGGAACAUCAUCCUGGAGUACAUGAUCGGGGGGGCGGCGGUGGCCCGUGCCUGGAGCGGGUACCUGGACGCCAUCUUCAGCCACCGCAUCCGCAACUUCACCGAGACCCACGUGGCCUCGUGGGACGUGCCCUUCCUGGCGCCCAACCCCGACUUCCUGGCCGCGGGGAUACUGCUGCUGGCCACCGCCUUCAUCACCUGCGGUGCCAGGGUGUCCUCCUGGCUGAACCACCUGUUUGCCGCCGUUAGUCUGGGCAUCAUCCUCUUCAUCCUGGUCUUCGGCUUCAUCCUGGCCGAUCCCGCCAACUACGGGGCCGCGCAGGGCGGUUUCGCCCCCUUCGGCCUCUCGGGCAUCAUGGCGGGCACCGCCACAUGCUUCUUCGCCUUCGUGGGCUUCGACGUGAUCGCUGCCUCCAGCGAGGAGGCCCGUGACCCCCAGAGGUCGAUCCCCAUAGCGACCGGCAUCUCCCUGGGCCUAGUCACCGUGGUCUACACCUUGGUGUCGGCUGUCCUCACCCUCAUGGUGCCUUGGCACACCCUCGACCCCGACUCGGCCCUGGCCGAUGCCUUCUACCGACGGGGGUAUUCCUGGGCUGGAUUCAUCGUGGCCGUGGGGUCCAUCUGCGCGAUGAACACGGUCCUCCUGAGCAACCUCUUCUCCCUGCCGCGGGUGGCCUACGCCAUGGCCGAGGACGGGCUGCUCUUCAGGGUGUUCUCUCGGCUCAACCCGGUCACCAAGGUCCCGGUGAUUGGCAUCGUGGUGUUUGGCGUUCUGAUGGCCGUCCUGGCCCUGGUGUUCGACCUGGAGUCCCUGGUGCAGUUCCUCUCCAUCGGCACGCUGCUGGCCUACACCUUCGUGGCGGCCAGCAUCAUCGUGCUCCGCUACCGGGGCAGCAGGGGCGAGGCGGAGGCUCCGGCGUCGCCCGCGGCAACCGCCGGCAGCCCGCAACCGCCGGACGGAGGAGGAGGAGGGCUGAAGGAAUACGAGUCGUUCUCCGACAAACUCCAGCUGGUGGAGAGGGAGCGGUCGACCAAGGAGAAGAGGGGGCCUGGCCAACUCAGGUCGGCCUUCGAGCCUUACUUGCCCUUCCUUGCCGACUUUGCCCCGGGCGAACUAGUGACGGUGGCGGUGGUCGCCAUGGUGACCUGCUCCGUCUGCCUGAGCUGCGUCCUGAUCUUCGGCGCAAGUUAUCUUCAGCUACCCCACUGGGCCUUCAUUUUGUUCGCCACGCUCUUCGCCGCUGGCUUUCUCCUCAGCCUGCUCCUCAUCUGGAUUCACGAACAACAGGAGAAGCUCAGCACUUUCCAGGUUCCGCUGGUGCCUUUGAUUCCCGCUCUGAGUAUCUUAGUGAACGUGUUCCUGAUGUUGAAGCUAAGUUUGAUGACCUGGUUGAGAUUUUUCAUUUGGCUAGCAAUAGGUUUCCUCAUCUACUUUGGCUACGGGAUAUGGCACAGCAAGGAAAACCUACGGGAGCCCAAGCCCAGGGACGUCUCCGCCCGCUACGUGGUGCUGCCGAGCGGCGGCCUGGUGGAGACGGUGCAGACGGUACAGCCGGAGUCUCGAGGGGCGGCCGGCAUAGUGGAGGCGACGGGAGAGGAGGCGGGGAGAUAGUGACGAGGGCGGACCCAAUGAGAUGCC